CCCGGGCCUUCAGCGGCUUAGCUAGAAAAACAGCAGGUUAGCGGCAGAGGAGCAGCCCAUAGAGCUCUUCUUAUUUUAAUUACAUGUUUAUGUGCAGACGUUGUCAAAGCUUCAUUAGCUAGCUUUAUCUGUUACCUUACACUGAGCGAUACCUCAGCUGUCCGUAUACCAGGAGCACAAUGAUUCGCUUCAUUCUGAUCCAAAACCGAGCAGGGAAGACCAGACUGGCCAAGUGGUACAUGCAGUUUGAUGAUGAUGAGAAACAGAAGCUCAUUGAAGAGGUGCAUGCUGUGGUCACUGUCCGUGAUGCCAAGCACACCAACUUUGUAGAGUUCAGAAACUUCAAGAUUAUCUACAGACGGUAUGCUGGUUUGUACUUCUGUAUUUGCGUGGAUGUCACUGACAAUAACCUGGCUUAUCUGGAGGGCAUUCAUAACUUUGUGGAGGUUUUGAAUGAAUAUUUCCACAAUGUGUGUGAAUUAGAUUUGGUCUUCAAUUUCUAUAAGGUGUACACGGUAGUGGAUGAGAUGUUCUUGGCAGGAGAGAUUCGAGAGACCAGCCAGACCAAGGUCCUCAAACAGCUUCUCAUGCUGCAGUCACUAGAAUAGAGAUGUUACUGCGUCGCAGCCAUGCGUUACCCUUGGAGCAGGUUCCUCCUGCUGCUGAAAGCCAGUGAUAUUGUUUCUGUGUAUGGAUGUUGUUCAUGAAAUAUGUAAACGAACAUUUCAGCAUUUCUUUAAAGCUAUGCUAUGUAAGAUUUUAAGAUGUUUGAUGUGUAAGAGUGUUUUGUAAUGACAAGAAAAUCUACAGGAAUGGACAAAUUAAUGAAGGUUUUAGUGAAAAGCCUGAAUCUGUAUGUUGCAUCUCUGCUUCUUAUUGCCCUUACAGACGUUCUGGUGUCUAACCAAGACGCUUAGAUUCUGAACGAGGUGCAAAAUUACAGAUAUGAUCUUUUCUGGAAAGGCUUCAUUCAUGAAAGGAGUAUAAACACAUUACAUGCCCCUGAAAUGUUGACAGAAUCUUACAUAAUAUAUGCUUACAUUUUUGGGUCACAAAAUGGUGCUGGCCAUUUUGUUCCCUUUCUCUUUUUAGUGGUGCAUUUACUUAUGAAUCUCAAGGUGGACAUGCAUUUUUGUGGGGCCUCUGUGGUUUAAUAUUGUCCAAGUAUUUCCCCUAGUUGUAUUCUCAUGUUGUGAGAUUUGGAUUUUUAUGCAGUUGUGAAACAGUUGCCACAAAAGAGUGGCACUGACAACCUGUCUGUACCCUUUCAUUGACACUAAACCAGCAACUUGAUGGACAAAGACCACCCUGGCACUGGGAAUGACAUCCAUUGACUAUUUGAGGUCUACACUACUCAUUCUGAAGGAAUGUUACUGGAACUGUCCAUUUGCUUCUAUGUAUCUCCCAUGAAUUCUUUUAGUAGAUAUUGCUUUAUUCAUCUGUGAAUCUCUGCACCAGGAGUUCUGUUUUUUGGAAGACAAUAUUCAUUCCUUUUC